AGAACAAAUUAGAGAUCGUUUAGUUUCAUAGUUUCAUGAUUUAAAGGCUUUCAAACAGACUCUUUUAUGUGAAGAAAAUGUCGGUAUCUUAGUGUCGAGGAACGUGUGCUUCGACACAGUUGAAUUCGUUUAUCACAAGAAUCACAAGAAAAGAAAGCAAUCGAAAUGCCAUCUCCUUUAAAAAUCUAUUGAAAUCUCUUAUAUAUCUAAGUAGUGACUAUUUUAUAAUCGUAUUUGUAGCACUCUUUUCAACUCUUUCUUUUUCGGAGAUUCUCUCUCUCUGUCUUUUUCUCUAACGGAAAGAAACUUGGUUUCCGUUUCAGUUUCUGUCUUUGCCUUUUUCCUUUGCUGUCAUCGUUUUGGGAACGUAGUUUCGUUGUAGUUUCUGUUUGAACUAAAUCUUCGAUGUGUUUUUUUCAAAAUUUUGCAAAAUAAUAUAAAUUCCUAUUCAGACGGGGGUCCUAUUCAGUAUCCUCAGCGAUCGGCGGUUGUCGGAGCGUAAGGUGGAGAAUGCUCAAGAAAAACGGCGGCAGCUGCCUGCUGCGUUUGGGCAGUGUCCAGUCACCGCUGCGACAGCAGCUUCUCCACGUCUGGACGGGUGAGCCGCGCAGCUGGAGGAGACGAGGAGGAGCCUUGUCAAUCUCGGCAGACGGCAGGCGGCACAAGUCGGAGGACUGCAAUAGCGUGACCCUGGAGCAUACCUUUAAGUGCUAUGAUUUGGACUCGGGCCCCCCCAUGGAUGUGGAGCUGUCGCGCGAUGAUGCCCUGAAGAUGUACAGUCAGAUGCUGGAGGUGAGGCGCGUUGAGACCAUGGCCUCCAACUACUACAAGGAGAAGAAAAUCAGGGGCUUUUGUCAUUUGUAUAUCGGCCAGGAGGCAGUCGCCGUGGGCAUGCAUGCCCGCAUGCGCAAGCAGGACUCGAUGAUAACAGCCUACCGCUGUCAUGCCUGGACCUACCUGAUGGGCGUCUCCAUCUAUGAGAUGAUGGCCGAGCUGCUUGGCGUCCGUACUGGCUGCAGUCGAGGCAAGGGCGGCUCGAUGCACAUGUACAGCGAGCGGUACUACGGAGGCAAUGGCAUUGUGGGCGCUCAGGUGCCUGUGGGCGCUGGUGUGGCUCUGGCCCAUCAAUUCCGGCGCGAUGGCGGUGUCUGCAUCGUCUGCUAUGGUGAUGGUGCGGCCAAUCAGGGCCAGGUCUUCGAGGCCUACAACAUUGCCAAGCUGUGGUGCUUGCCGUGCAUCUUUGUGUGCGAGAACAACGACUAUGCGAUGGGCACGAAGGCGAAUCGGGCCGCCGCCAGCACCGAUUUCUACAUGCGGGGACAAUACAUACCCGGCCUCUGGGUGGACGGCAAUCAGGUGCUGGCCGUUCGCAGUGCCACACAAUUUGCCAUAGAGUAUGCAUUGUCCCAUGGGCCGAUUGUUCUCGAGAUGAACACCUACCGAUAUGUGGGCCACUCUAUGUCCGAUCCGGGCACCUCGUAUCGGUCUCGGGAUGAGGUCAAGCAGAUGCGCGAGAAGCGGGAUCCCAUAACGAGUUUUCGCGGUCAGAUCAUUGCCCUGUGCCUGGCUACCGAAGAGGAGCUGAAGAAGAUCGAGACGGAGACCAGGAAACGUGUGGACGACGACUGCAAGAAGGCGGCCAAGGACAAGGAGGUGGAUCCGAUCGAGCUGCAUGCCGAUGUCUAUGCCAAGAACUUGGAGCCCAGGAUACGGGAUGUCCAUGGCUACCAUCUGGAGCAUCAUCGUAUAUCGGAGUUGUGUCUGGGCAAGCCAAAGGCGACGCCCCAAAGCGAAAUAAAGAAUGUGCCUGUGGGGGAUGCGGCCAUGGUGGCUGCUGCUGCCGAAGCCAAGAAGGCGGCCGACAAGGCCAGGGCAGAGAAGGCUAAGGCCGAGGGUAAGGAGGUACCAAAACCACCAGGAGAAGCGCCACCAGCGGCAGCAGCGGGUGCUCCACCACCAGCGGGUGCUACAGCACCAGCUGCAGCUCCCCCAGCAGCAGCCCCACCACCGGCGGCUGCACCACCUGCAAAAGGAGCUCCACCACCUGCAAAAGGAGCUUCACCAGGAGCACCUCCCCCAGCUGCACCACCGGCGAAAAAGUGAACGGAAGGACCAACGAUGCUUCCACUACGCUGUAGUCAAGACACGAACCAACUAAAUUGAAUAAAGCUAUUUGUUGAAGAAAAAUU